AACAUCCGAUUUCUUCGUUCAGUUGCCUCAUUCGUAGUACUCUAUGCCCUCUGGGGCGAAUUUUUCCUUAUUUGUUUUCAUCCAUGCCAUCCCCAGUCUGUGCUCCCCACUACCAUCGUCUUAAGUUUACGAAUUAUUUGGACACUCAUCUGAGCUUACGGUGGAUUAUUUCAUAUCUUAUACUUAAUCGUUCAUUACCCCCCAAUUAAAUCAUUCUCCCGGUCCCCAUGACUCCACAACCCCACACUGUCACGGUAUAUCUACCGAGUAGAGGCUCCUGAAUUGUCGGCAUACGGCUACUUCCCAUAGUUUCCAGCUCGACGGAAUCUGGGGUCAGCAAUAUGAAUCUUCACGUGCUUAUAUCAAUUCUUAUUUCGGCUCAGCUUGCGUCAACCGCGGACAUUUCCAGUCUCCUUGCAUCUUCGGCGCCAAUAUAUCCAAUUUCUUAUGUCGAUACGAGAUCCCAGAUUCUCCAUCAACGACAGAAUGGGACGGAACAUUGCAGAGUUUUCCCAGGAGACCAGGAAUGGCCAACUGAUGCGGAAUGGGCCAAGCUAAAUCAAACCGUUGGGGGCGCAUUGAUCAAACCGGUUCCUCUCGCGGCGGUUUGCCAUUCAUCGUGGCCGCAGUAUGAUGCCGCUAAAUGCCAGUACCUUCUCGAGAACUGGGGAAAUCAUGAAUUGCGCGUUGCCGAUCCAUCAAGCAUUCUCUACCCGUACUACCAGGGAGCGUCCUGCUUACCAUCCCGAAAUCCGUCCACUCCAUGCACAAUCGGAGGCUCUCCAGAAUAUGUCGUCAAUGUCACUACUCCGGCGCAGAUCAGUGCUGCCAUUGCCUUUGCCAAGGAGAAGAAUGUCCGCCUCAUUGUCAAGAACACGGGACACGACAUCAGCGGCAAGUCAACUGGGGCGGGCUCCCUCAGCAUAUGGACGCACAACAUGAAUCAGGUUGACUGGUUGCCGAACUAUUCCACUGCAUACUACACAGGCCCAGCCGUCAGAGUCGGAGCCGGUGUGGAAUUGGGACAAUAUUAUCAAACCGCAGAAGAUCAUGGUGUUACGCUCGUCGGGGGCGAAUGCUCAACCGUCGGAGUUGCUGGUGGGUAUCUCGCAGGAGGUGGCCAUUCGCCGAGCGGAGGUCUGUUUGGCAUGGGUGCUGACAACGUUGUGGAGCUCACUGCGGUGCUUCCAAACGGAACCCACGUGAAUAUCACACCUACAACCGAGCCGGAGUUUUUCUGGGCCUUCCGAGGAGGCGGUGGUAGUACCUUUGGCGUUGUCACCUCCGUUACCGUAAAAGCUCAUCCGAAGAUUCCAGUUACCGUUUCUCAAUGGGACUUCUCGACUGGCCCGAACGUCACAAACGCAACCUUUUGGGCCGCCUUCCGGGCCUAUCUUGAGCAUAUUCCCGCCAUUGCGGACAGUGGCUCACAGGCUUUCCCAUCUUUUCAGCUGAUCAAGGGCGACAGCCCAGGGUUCCGGUUCAACAUGACCUCAUUCUUCGCUCCAAACAUGACUAUCUCCCAAUAUGACGCAUUGAUGGCACCUUUUUUCAAGCGGCUCACUGCUCUCGGGCUUUCCGUACCUCAACAUUCGACAUUCCAUGAGACCUACCUCACCGGCUGGGAGCGAGCUUUCCCCAAAAUCAAAGCUCCAUUUGAUGAGCACAAGCCGAACACCGCGACGGGAUCUCGGCUUUUCCCACGUAAGAAUUUCGAAGACCAAACUCUUCUCAACAACACUUUCAACACCUUGAAGAACAUUACGGAUCUUGGAUACGGCUUCUUCUUCUAUUGUCAACGCAAUCCGGCUCCGAAAGGCGUUGAUAAUGCCAUCAACCCUGCUUACCGGGAUUCGGCGGUGUUCCUCAUGGUUGCCGGAACUUGGGAGACUGGUACUAGUGUUGCGAUGAUCAACACAAUACGAAACGCAGUCAGCUACCAGAUUGUGCCGAUGCUGAAAGCGAUUACCCCCGGCAGCGGCGCCUACAUGAAUGAGGCGGAUAUCAGAGAGCCGGACUGGCAGCAGAGUUUCUUUGGAGCAAAUUAUCCGAGGUUGUUGGCGUUGAAGAAGAAGCUGGAUCCGGAUAACGUGUUUUAUGCGAAGGCGGCGGUGGGGAGCGAGGGCUGGUAUAUUAAGGAUGAUGGGGGUUUGCCGGAGGUUCAAAAUGGGAGAUUGUGUCAGACGGUGAGGUGAGCGGAGGCUAUGCACCGCCAAUAGUGAU